AUGCCCAGGCCAUGAAAGGACAAAGAGUGGCUGCUCACUUAAUCGGAAAACCCAAGGGUAACCAAAUAGAAUGGGAAUUCACUCCCAUGAACACUUUCAAAGACCCUGAAUUAAUCCUUAAGGACAACUCUCUGGUGAUCCCACAGAAAGGUCUCUACUUCGUGUACACCCAGGUCGUCUACACUGGCAAGGACUGCAAGACGAUGAAAUCCACAGAGCUGACCCACACAGUGAUGCGAGAGGGCGAUUACGGCGAACCCACACCUCUCCUCACUUCCACCAAAACGGCGUGUGACGCUGUGUCAGGAAAUAUCUGGCAUCAGCCCAUCUACCAAGGAGGUAUAUUUCUACUUGAAGAGGGGGAUAUUCUUUCAACUGAAACCACAAAAAUUAAUCUUCUCAACAUGAACAAGGGACAGGUUUACUUUGGUGUCAUUGCCUUGUGAUGAAACAGCGCUAGCCUUGAUAAACCUUCUU